AUGGCCUCCCGAGGACCCCCUGGUGCCCGCGGCCCCUCAAACAACCGCUUUGCUCAGUUUAAGCUCGUUCUCCUUGGAGAGUCCGCUGUCGGAAAGAGUUCCAUCGUCCUGAGAUUUGUCAAGGAUCAAUUCGACUCUUUCCGCGAAUCCACCAUCGGCGCUGCGUUCCUCACCCAAACCAUCUCCCUCGACGAGACCACCACUGUCAAGUUCGAAAUUUGGGAUACCGCCGGCCAGGAGCGUUACAAGUCCCUGGCCCCCAUGUACUACCGCAACGCCAACUGUGCCGUCGUCGUAUAUGACAUUACACAAUCUGCUUCCCUCGACAAGGCCAAGGCUUGGGUCAAGGAACUCCAACGUCAAGCCAAUGAAAACAUCAUCAUCGCCCUCGCUGGCAACAAGCUCGAUCUCGUCACGGAACAGCCCGACAAGCGCGCCAUUCCCGCCGCCGACGCUGAAGCCUACGCAAAAGAGGCCGGGCUUCUCUUCUUCGAAACCUCGGCCAAGACUGCCGAAAAUGUCCCCGAACUCUUUACCGCCAUCGCCAGGAAGCUUCCCCUCGACCAGGCCGGUCCCAGACACGCUCGCCCUGGCCAGCGCCCUGGUGUCAGCUUGGCCCCCGAAAAUUCAAACACAAACGCCGCCGGCCCCUGCAGCUGUUAA